AUAUGUGAGUCUCCGGGUCUCCCUCAUCACUUCUCUAAAAGUUUAUUUUCGUAGCUCCUUCUAUGCCACGAGGAACAAAGUGGGAACGCAAUAUACCUCCCACCAUUGCUCCUUUAUACGAUCACACAGCUGCCGUACAUAAUUCAAUAUUGUAUACCUGCUUCACCACCCAAUGCACUCUGAACACCGACCAUCUUACGCCAGUGUGGCGGUCUUGAACUUCGUUAAUUGUACCAAGCCCCAUGAGUCCACUGGCGUGUCCAAUCUUUUCUCA